UGUCCUGAGUCACAAUACGUCGAACUUGCGAAGUGGAAGCUGCUGUCAAAUCAUCGACUGUCAUUUUUGUAACAUCGCAACUAUGCAUUUCAACAGGCUAGUCGCGUCCCUCGUGUUCCUGACGGUCGCGGGAGUGAGUCGGGGGAGCCCAGUCGUCGUCACAGCCCCUCCUGAAGUGGCCGCCCUGUGCCCCUACACGCCGGGAGAGUACCCUCUGCUGCUGCCCAACCCCGUCGACUGCGGCUCCUUCUACAUGUGCAGCUGGUACGGGACGGCCUUCUUGCAGUACUGUCCAGCUGGUCUCCACUUCAAUGUCAACCUGCAGGUGUGUGACUACCCGGAUCACGCCGACUGCGUCCAGAGAACUACAGCUGCUCCAGUGAAUGUCACUACAGCUGUUCCAGUCAACGUAACCACAGCUGUUCCGGUUAAUGUAACCACAGCUGUUCCAGUCAAUGUAACCACAGCUGCACCAGUGAAUGUCACUACAGCUGUCCCAGUGAAUGUAACCACAGCUGUUCCAGUCAAUGUAACUACAGCUGUCCCAGUUAAUGUCACUACAGCUGUUCCAGUCAAUGUAACCACAGCUGUUCCAGUCAAUGUAACUACAGCUGUCCCAGUGAAUGUCACUACAGCUGUUCCAGUCAAUGUAACCACAGCUGUUCCAGUCAAUGUAACUACAGCUGUCCCAGUUAAUGCCACUACAGCUGUUCCAGUCAAUGUAACCACAGCUGUUCCAGUUAAUGUCACUACAGCUGCUCCAGUCAAUAUGACUACAGCUGUUCCGGUCAAUAUAACUACAGUUGUUCCAGUCAACGUAACCACAGCUGUUCCGGUUAAUGUAACCACAGCUGCACCAGUUAAUGUAACCACAACUGCACCAGUUAAUGUAACUACGGCUGUUCCAGUCAAUGUAACUACAGCUGCUCCAGUCAAUAUGACUACAGCUGUUCCGGUCAAUAUAACUACAGCUGUUCCAGUCAACGUAACCACAGCUGUUCCAGUUAAUGUAACCACAGCUUCACCAGUUAAUGUCACUACAGCUGUUCCAGUUAAUGUCACUACAGCUGUUCCAGUCUCCAAAGUAGCUGCAGCUGCUAAAGUUCCAGUGUAACCACAGGGCGCCCACACCUGCUCCAAACAGCUGUUUUGUUCGCCAUAGCUAUUCGAAUUUCUAAUCAAAUUACAGCUUAUGGAGUUAUUCUGAAUCGCAUAUUAAUAAUUAAAACUCUUUUUAUUAAUAUUUUUUUUGUAUAUUAAUUUAUUUGUUGAGAUGUGUUUUAAGAAUAAAAUGUUUUAUUAUUAA